AUAGUUUGCCCAGUGUUCAAUAUAGGCUGGAGUACUUUGUCAAAGAUGAAUCCAGCCACAAUGAAGUCGUCUGCGUGUCUUAUCCUUUUACUUAUCGGCCUGUCCGCCAUGACCGCGGAUGCACAGUUCUUCGCUGGAGGCUUUGGCGGUCCGCGUUUUGGACCGCCAGUGUUUGGUGGUGGGUGGGGAGGCGGCGGCUGGGGUCCAGGAUUCGGACAGGGGCGCGGCCUCGCAUUCCUUGGCUCCGCCGCCCUUCUGUCCGGGGGAAAUCGCUUCGGACAGGCCAUUGGAGGCCUCGGAUUACUUAGACGUGGCUUUGGGUGGGGGCGUCCAGGCUUUGGAUGGGGGCGUCCAGGCUUUGGAGGCGGAUGGGGGCGUCCAGGCUUUGGAGGCGGGUGGGGGCGUCCCGGCUUUGGUGGGGGCCGCGGCCUGGCACUGCUAGGAUCUGCCGCGUUGCUCAGGUCCGGAAAUCCGCUUGGGCGAGCGGUGGGAGCCAUCGGCCUAGGCAGCACGCUGUUUGGUUGAAUAGCUUAGGCGCCGCGCGGAUUGGGGGUGAUAUAGCAAGGGCGACGCCUCUCCAUGUUCG